AUGGCCGAGGAGAGAAAGGAUUCCGAGGAAAGCCCAGGCACAUACAGUUGCUCAAAAACCCUCAGAAGAAGAGGCGAAAUCACUCCAAACGGAAAAGUACGCUAUGAGACGACACAAAACAAGGCAGCAGGGAUCACAAAGACCAACUUCUUCAGGAGAUUAGUCCUAUCCAUUGUUAUGAUCUCUGGCUUCUGCUGGAUAUCAGUGAACGACAAGAUAUACUCCUUUGGACUGAUAAUCUUUCUUACAAUAUCCAUCAUAAGAGAGAUAAUAGGAAUUACAAGAAAAUCGGACGGAAGGCCAUUUCACCUGAGAACAUCAAUCAUCCUGGGACUUGCAGUUCCAAUAUACUCGUACCUGGUUUUUCCCUCCAUAAUGAUGAUGUACUUUUCGAGAGUGUCAAAGUGCUUCCUCCGAAGGCUGUCCUUCGUAUGCUUUUAUAGCUAUGUGGCCGCAUUUAUGUGCUUUGUUGCGUCACUUAGAAAGGGGAGGCUGAAGCCGCAGCUGGGGCUGUUUGCCCUUAUCCAUCUAUCUACAUAUACGAUGGCAAUAGCGGCAAAGUGUGCUAUAUUCAAUCUUAACAAGGGAAGGUUCUGGUUUGUAUUCCCUGCCUUGCUUGUGAUAUCCAAUGACAUUUCAGCAUAUGUAGUGGGGAAGUCCAUUGGAAAAAGACCUCUAUACCGGCUGAGCCCAAAGAAAACACUUGAAGGGUUCAUAGGAGCAUUUAUCUUCACAACGGCCGUCGGGUUUGCAUUAGGGCAUCUGCAUGUAAACAGUGGAUUUCUAAGGGAUGCAGACUCUGAGCAGUUCCAAAAGUUCAUGAAGUUCACAGUCUUUGGAGCGAACGUCAGGGUCCAAAGUAUAUACAUCCACAUCAUUCCGUUCAUCUUUGUAGCCUCCUUCGUGGCGCCGUUCAGCGGAUUUCUUGCAAGUGCACUGAAGAGGGCCUACAAGAAGAAGGACUUUGGAGAAGCCAUUUCUGGGCAUGGAGGAAUAGCAGACAGGAUGGACUGCCAGGUGCUGAUUGCGAUUUUUGCGUCUACAUAUAUAAGUUCGUUCAUAUACACAGAGGAAAGGUCUGUUGGGUCAGUCUUCAGCCUCAUAUGUAGAAACUUCAGCCACGAUGAGAUAAUGAUCCUUAUUGAGAUGCUGAACCGAAGGGUGGAGAGCAUAAGGAAGUAA